AGAGUUACACAACAAAGAGGGUGGGGUGUUUCUCAUGACCAAUCAUGCCAUUAUUCGCAACAUUUCUGGCUCACUGAUUGGCCUUUGUCUCUGUCAGUUUCAAGGUCAGCGUGACGUGCACCUCGAUAAGAACUUCUUCCUGACACAUGCGCAGAAAGCUCGCUCUGAGACGUUCGUUAACCUGAGAGAGGUCUGCACACGCUUCAAGCUGCCUCCUGGAGAGUACCUCGUCGUGCCGUCCACCUUCGAACCCAACAAGGACGGAGACUUUUGCCUGCGCGUCUUUUCCGAAAAACAGACCGAAACACUACCAUGUGAUGACCCUGUGGAUGCUGAACUACCUGAUGAGACUGUCUCAGACAGUGAAGUUGAUUCUGGAUUCAGAGGCAUGUUCGUAAAACUCGCCGGAGCUGACAUGGAAAUCUCAGCCGCAGAGCUCACGACCAUCUUAAACAAAAUCAUCGCGAAACGAACUGACAUAAAGACGGACGGCUUCAGUUUGGAGACGUGUCGUAUCAUGGUGAACCUCAUGGAUGACAAUGGGAAUGGAAAACUUGGUUUGGGAGAGUUCGCCACUCUCUGGAAGAAAAUUCAGCGAUACCUUGGAAUUUACAAGAAGAAUGACAUGGAUAAUUCAGGAACCAUGAGCACUCCAGAGCUGCGUUUGGCGCUGAAAGAAGCCGGUUUCACUCUUAAUAACACUAUAUUUCAGCUACUAGUAGCACGUUAUGCCGAGACAGACAUGACUCUUGACUUUGAUAACUUUGUGGCCUGUCUCAUGCGUCUGGAGAUGAUGUUCCGGGUGUUCAAAAAGCUGGAUCCUCACCACAGUGGCUUCAUUGAGCUGGACUUUGUGCAGUGGCUGAACUUCACUAUGAUUUAGACGACUCAUCGCCAGACCACACCACUCAAGAGUGAAUUAUUAAGAUUACAUGUGUUACAUUUUUUGUUUACUUUUAUUUUUUUAAAUUGUCUAUUGCACUUUCGUUUCGACCAGUCUUAGAUACAGAGUGUUGCGUGAUUUUACGGCGUUUGACAUUGGCACACUUUUUUCGUUUACAAAUGCAAGCAUCCUUGAACUAGGAGAAUCUUAACCACUGUAUAAUAAAAAAAACAAUUGUGUGCAUUAUUAUGAAUGUUUUCUCUUCAAAGGACAUUAUUAAACACUUUUGAAACAGUA